AGGUGUCAGUCUAUUGAUUUAUAUAUAUUCAAACGCAAUAUACAAUACAUGCCCGCGCGUGAAUGGGCGGGCUACCUUUCUAGUUGUACUAAAUCUAGUCCACAGUUAUUGACGCCAUAUCCCAUUGGCUAAGUAUAAAGUCAAACUAGCAGCCGCGGUAAUUAAAAUAGUCACAAACAGAUCUCAGCUUACCGCGGUAUAUGUUUCAAGAACACGUUACUCAAAGACAAAACUUCCAUUCCCCAACUCCAAGCAACAAGCACACCCGUGCCAUGGCCGCCUCAGCCAACCGCGCCGCCGUCAACGGCGCCGCCGGCAGCGGCGAGCCUGAGGCGAGCCGCGACCAUGUCAUCAUCUUCCCGUUCAUGGCGAAAGGCCACACGCUCCCUCUGCUUCACUUCGCCGCGGCGCUGUCGGUCCACCACAAGAGCCUCCGCGUCACCCUGGUCACCACCCCGGCGAACCUCGCCUUCGCCCGCCGCCGCCUGCCGGGGUCGGUGCACCUCGUCGUGCUCCCGUUCCCGUCGCUGCAGCCGCCGCUGCUGCCGGCCGGCGUCGAGUCGACGGACGCGCUCCCUUCCAUGUCCCUCUACCCGGCGUUCCUGCGUGCCACGGCGCUGCUGCGUGAGCCCUUCGCGGAGUUCAUGGCGUCGCUGUCCUCCUCCCCGCCGCUCGUGGUCGUCUCCGACUUCUUCCUCGGGUUCACGCACGGCGUUGCGUCGGACGCCGGCGUCCGCCGCGUCGUGUUCCACGGCAUGUCCUGUUUCUCCAUGGCCAUAUGCAAGUCGCUCGUCGUGAGCCCGCACGUCGGCGGCGGCGCCGCCCCCUUUCACGUCUCCCGCAUGCCGGAACAUGUCACGAUCACGCCGGAGGAGAUCCCGCCUACGGUGGCGAGCUUCGCCGACCCCGACAACCCGAUUGCCCGGUUCAUGAUCGAGAACGUCGAAUCGACGGACGUCCGCAGCUGGGGCGUCCUCGUCAACAGCUUCGCCGCGGUGGACGGCGACUACGUGGCCUCCUUCGAAUCGUUCUACCAGCCGGGAGCCCGCGCCUGGCUGGUGGGCCCGCUCUUCCUCGCCUCCGGCGACACGCCGGAGCGGGACGAGGAGAACGACGACCCCGAGGGCUGCCUCGCGUGGCUCGACGAGAGGGCAUCGCGGCCGGGGUCGGUGGUGUACGUGUCGUUCGGCACGCAGGCGCACGUCGCCGACGAGCAGCUCGACGAGCUGGCGCGAGGGCUGGUGCGGUCCGGCCACCCUUUCCUGUGGGCGGUGCGGUCGAACACCUGGUCGCCGCCGGUGGACGUGGGGCCCGACCAGGGGCGCGUCGUCAGGGGGUGGGUCCCGCAGCGCGGCGUGCUGGCCCACGAGGCGGUGGGAGGGUUCGUGAGCCACUGCGGGUGGAACUCGGUCAUGGAGAGCCUCGCCGCCGGGAAGCCCGUGCUGGCGUGGCCGAUGAUGGCCGAGCAGGCGCUGAACGCAAGGCACGUCGUGGACGUCGUCGGCGCCGGCGUCAAGGUGGACGCCGCCGUCGGCUCCGUCGCCGUCGUCGGGAGCGCGGAGGUGGAGGAGAAGGUCAGGAGGGUGAUGGACGCCGGCGGCGAGGAAGGGCGGAGGAUGCGGACGCAGGCCGCGUGGGCUCAGCGCGCGGCGAGGUCGGCGGUGAGCGACGGCGGCACGUCACGCGUGGCGUUGCAGAAACUGAUUGGAGACCUGCAGGAAAGCUACUAGUAUGUCGUCACCGCAGCAGAAUGAGGUGAGAAGAAAUUGUUACAAAAAUUGAGUUUGACCAUACCGCCGGACAGCAGUAUACACAUCAUGGUUUGACUAGGAACCUUAUUUAUUGUUGCUUCAGUAUAUGUGUUGCUUUGACUCUAUUCUAAACUUGUUUUUAUCAAUAAUUUAUUUGAGAUUGCUCCAGAUGUUUCUAAAAUUCUUCUAGUUAUCCUCGCAACAUUUCUCAACUAAAAUUACUUGGACUAGUGUAUAUGAGAAGAUAUUGUCGCAAUAUGGAGUUUGUUCCAAUGAAACUUAUUUGUAAUAUAUGUGUUUACUUUUUGGAAUAUUUAGCA